AUGCAAGUCCUUGCCAUCGCCCUCGUCGCUGCCUCUUCGGUUGCCCAAAUCUCUGCCGCCGAUGUCGGCGGCAUCAACAAACCCGACGCGUCCGGCGUGUGCCAAUGGAUCCCCACCGGCAAGGAAGGCGCCAAGUGCGGCGGCAUUGCUGGCAUCAAGUGCAACACGGGACUCAAGUGCAAGGUCCCGACGACCAUCCCCGACGCGUAUGGCACGUGCGUGAAGAAGUAG